CAGCGCCACAAGUCUGAAGCGUAAACUGUCAACACCAAACGAAGCACAGGCGCAUGAAGGUGUGCACAGCACGCGAGACCGUUAUUGUUCGUGAUGGCAGCGGCUCUCUCGCGCGCCCUCAAGUUACCCGGGAAGAAAGGUUCAGAGCUGGGUGAGUAUGACCCUCUGACACAAGCAGAUAGUGAGGACGAGAGUGAGGAAGAUGACCUCGUCCUCAACUACCCCCGAAACGGGCUUGGCCGGGGCAGUUGCCUAGGCCCAGGGGCAACAGAACCACGCAGCAGCCGCACAGGCAAGCUGGUGGAGGAAGAGGAGCUUGAAGAGGAAGAAGAGGAGGAAGGCUGGAGAGCUGGCCGGAAGGAGAGGGGGGUGGGUCUGGGUGGAGAGGGGGCGGGGCUAGGUGAUGAGGGGGUGGGAGCGGGGCAGGUUGGUGAGCUGGAGGGGAAGAAGGCGAGAGUCAGAGGAGCCAUGCGCACGGCUGCGUUCCUGGUACCGCUGGCCUGUGCCACUCUGAUCGUGCUGCUCUGUGCCUUUCUGGUGCCCUGCCAGCAGGGGCAAGUCCAGCAGCAGUGGGAGACUCAGCUGGGAGACGUAAAUGGUGUGACAUCACCCCCCUUGGCAUUAUGGGAUGUGGAUGGUGAUGAUGUGGAGGACCUAGUCAUCGCAGUCACGAAAAUAUCCAACAGCAGUCUGCAGACCAGUUCCCUAGGCAACAGCAAAGAGUACAGUGUGGUGACCUUGCGGGGUGGAACUGGGGAGCUUUUAUGGAGACGUCAUCUGAAUGAGCCGGUCUCCUCCGUGCAGUGUGGACUCCGGGUGACUGCUCCGGGCAUCUCCAGGGCUGAGCGCAGAGCAGUAGCCCAGAGAGAGGUCCUGCAGACUGGGCACACAGGACCAGACCCCAGUCCUGUCUGUCUCCUGAUCAGCCCAACACACAUGGCCGUCAUCAACGGCUCCACAGGUAAGAAAAUGUGGGAGGUGCCUGCUGGGGAGGUGGAGUCUCAAGCUGUGACGGUUCCUGACCUGCAGGGAGAUGGUGUUCCAGAACUGCUUGUUGCAACUCUACCUGCAGACCAAGAAUCGGAUCUCUCUCUAGUCCUGCACUCAGGGAAGACUGGUUCUCUGAUUGGACAGUCAGUGAACUUUAACCUAACGGCACAGGGAAAGCUGAUUGGUCCAUUGCUGCAUGAGACAGCAGCCGGAGCAUUCUACAUCCUGUUUGGUUUGGGCACGGUGGAGGCUGUCUCCCUGAGGGACAUUUACAAAAAGGCAACUGGCAGGACAGCUAUGCCCCCGAGCCUCAGUGUAACGGACCCCAUAUGGGAGAAACAGAGGAAAACGAACUUAUCUACUCUCAUCCAUAUAUACAGUGGUCCAGAGCAGGCGGAAUACCUGCUCCCCCUGGUGGCUGGUCUGUGUAAUAACCACAAUAACCUGGACGUGGCGUCUAAAGAAAACUCCAGCCAUAGCGACUGGGUGCUGGUGUGUGGUAAUAGCAGAGUCUCCAUACUCCGACAGAGAGACAUACAUACUGCGUGGACACUCAACUCCUCUGCCAUACACAGUCGGCCUGUUGCGGGUCAUUUUAAUGAUGAUGGGGUUCCUGACCUGCUCAUCCAGCAGUCUGCCAAUGGAGUCCGCAAGGUCCAGAUCAUUGAUGGGGCUUCUGGAAGGUGCUUAUGGGAAGUGGAGUUUGUGUGUCCUCGUCUUGUUCUAGAAGGUUCUUCAAUUAUGACCACAUCUGGACAAUCAGUGUUUCUGUUUUGGGCGGGUGACCCAUUGCUCCCCUUGAGGAACAUCACAAAGGUGAACACACCUGAACCAGUCUUUCGCAAGCUGUUCCUCUUACAUCCAGACUAUCCCAGAAUCCUCCAGCAGCUCAUCAGCACCACCGAUACAGCACUUACAGCUACAGUGAGCUACCAGGAGCUGCAGAAGGACGCCUCAUACCUGGUGGUGCUGUCACGGCCUGUGUCUGGCCUGGGUCCUGGGGCUCAGGUAGUUAAGAGCCUGAGUGUGAGAGCGUCUCUGGCAGGUGCAUUCACCCUGCAUCUGGAGGGGGACAACAGAGCCAGCACCUUCCAGAUCAACAAAUUCUUCAGAGGCCUCUCAUUCAGACAGCAGUGAGAAGCUCCUCCUUUCUUGAAUGGAAUCUUGUCACCAGGCAACAAGCUAACACCCCCAGUCCUGACCCUGACCUUGACCCUGACCUUGGCCCUGAUCCCGACCCUGACCCUGAUCUUUCUGAGUCAGUUUACACCAUAAAAGCUCUGCUUGUAAAUCCUUUCCCGUGUUGCAAGGUGUCACACACCUCUGCCUGAUCAGGGUGUCACUGUCUACUGGAUGCAUGGAUUUAUUCCCUGGUAGAGAUGUUUUACUUGGAUACUGACUGGAAGGUCCUCUGAUAACACAGCGUGCUGCACUACUGGAGACCAGGUCAUGUUGAAUAAAUAUGUAUAUAUGUGUACUGUGUGGAAUGAGACCAGAAUGCACCACACAUGAGCUGAGCUGGAUGUAACUUAGUGCUUGACUGACAUAUGGAGAAAUAUUUGGUGUUGUUUGUUUGUUUGUUUAUUUUGAGGGUGAGAUAUUGACAUGGGCAGGGGAUGACACAGCCAGUGCUGAUUAUAUGACACUUCAAUGUACAAUAUAAAUUAAAUCAAGAUAAAUUAAAUCAAUAUAAAUGACAGAAAUGAUGUAUGUGAUAUUAGUUCAGCAGCUUGCUACUUUGAACAUUGUAAACCUGACUCAGUCUUCUAGUUCUCAUACUUAAUUUAAACUACAGGAACAUUUCACACAGAAGUGCAGUAUUUAAAAUUUAGUUUGAGCUCUUUAGCUGUCUGGUUCACAAUGUAUUAUUUCUGUUACCUUGUUAAUGGUUUUUAUUAAUUAACUUCACAUGUUAUCAAAUACAUUGUUAGAUAACACACUUUCUCUAUAGAUGUAUAUUAACGACCACAAAACUCAACUUAAUCAUUACAAAGUUGGUGUUUAUUUUCAGUGGUCUACUCAGAUAAUGUGUGUUUCACAUGCCUAACCGUGCAGCACAUGGUGACAUGGCCAGUGGAACGGACAUGUCUGCUCCCACAGCUGCUUGUGCUACUAAACGCCACGUGUGCGCUGCAUUGGUGUUUAGUGUUAGUGAAUCUUAUAGUAACUAGAAUACCAUACUGGACCAAAGUUUUGUCAUACACUGGUUAGAGUCUCUCAUCAAUGCAGCCAGUGUUUAGGGGGGUAAUUUAGCACUGUAUAUCCGCUAACUUCAUAAAUUCUGUGUAGAUAAAUGAGGCUUCUGUUACACACCAGAUAGUGACGUGUUCAGCUGAUGUUUGUGUAUAUAAUGUUUAUCUGUAAAGCACAACAGGCUACAUGGGAAGGUUGUAUGAAAUUCUAAAUGAAAUUUGAAAUUGAAUUAAAUAUGAAAUAUCCUAAAUAUAGGUUUUGAGUGGUAGCUGCAGAAAUAUUUUAUAUCAUUCCUUUUUGGGGGAGAAAGUAGCAGUUUGUGUGAAUUUUAUGGUAAGCAUGUAAUAUUCCAUCACUAGUACUUUUUAUUUUGUUAAUUCUUAAAAUGGACUGUAUUGUCUUUGGCCACACCACUCUGUAAAAAACUGGUUUUGGCUUCAGCCCUGGAAUGCCCCUCAUCAACCCCUAGUGUAAACACAAAAAGUAGCGUGUUGUGAGAAGCACAGAGAGCAACUUUGAUGGGUGAGUUCCACCCCACAGAGCCACUGAAGGCCUUCAGUCCCUGCAUGGGGAGUAUUCAACUAAUACUCAAGCUAAACUGUGCAGGGAGACAGGUCUGCUGUACUGGGCUAGUCCCGUCCUGCAGAGAGACAGAUUUGUGGGACUGGGCUAGUCCCGUCCUGCAGAGAGACAGGUCUGCGGGACUGGGCUAGUCCCGUCCUGCAGGGAGACAAGUCUGCGGGACUGGGCUAGUCCCGUCCUACAGGACAUGUUUUGCUGUUCAACACUGAAAGGUCUUUUGUUUAUUUGAGGUUUUUCUUUUAUUCCUCUGCCUGAUGUGUUUCUCCUGCUCCAAACUGCGCCUACAUGGAUGUGAUAUGUAUAAAUAUCUCUGUUCCUGGACAGUAGACCUGAACUCAUAAAACCCUGGAAAUGUUCUGUUCAGUGUUUUGAGAGAGAAAACAUGCUGGUAGCUGUGAUAUCUUUGGUACGUCUUCUGUUUGAAAGGGACUUUGUAUUGCUGCAGUAUGCUGAACUCAGUACAGCUCAACAAUAAAAUCUUGUGUGCUGCUGACA